AUGUAUGUGAAAUGGUUUGAUACAGUAAUGUUAUACUAUGUGAUUUUAGUGAAUGUCACUUUUUGUCAUUUUCAAAUUUCCCGCCGUUCCGUCCCCCGUACGUCCCGACGCUCGCAGGGGAUGGAACCCAGAAGACAGAUGCUGGCAUAACAUUGACAGGGACACUGCAGGAGGGACAUCGCGGGAGUGCAGGACAAGGUAAGUGAUCGAGGGAUCGUGGAGCAGCGCCGCAUGGUAAGCCCGAGUGUAGCUCGGGGUUACAGCUUGUGCUACACUCGGGAAUACCGCCAGGGAGGUUAAG